GGAAGUCAGAGUCUCGAGAGUGGUUGGCUCGGCCCCGACCAUCAUUCGCCUCGGUCUUAUGACUAGCCGUCCCUCUCCUCGUCUUCUCCCUCGUGCCCAUGGUUCUGAGCCCAGCUUUGACAUACCUGGCCCCGUCUGCGGGAGUCUUUACGUCGUUCACGCCAUUUUCCAUGUCCGUCUCCAUCUCGUUUGGGUCUCCUCGUCCAGUUGAUCCUGAUCGCCGGCAGCGGGUGCAGAGUCAGGAUUCAGGAGGAAGCUAUAUCCCACAGACUCUCGUUAUGGGGAUAUUCUUGGCUAUCUUUGCGACGCAAAUGGCGAUUAAUGUUGUCCAAAUUCGGCGAGCCAGACGGCGAGAACCACGCUGAUAGAUAUGAACAACGGAAGACGAGAAAGAUGCAAGACGAGGAAGAGGGACGUCACUCAUCCACGCCAAGUACGGCUAUUCCUUGGAGUAUCCAAGGCGUUGAUAGUACGCGUUAGCGUUUACUGGUCCCUGUACUAGUUGGCGCCCGGCUUAAGACUGCGGCAGCCCCAAAUCCUCCUCCAGAACGAGGAGUAUAAGUAUAUUCUGCCCCAGCUGGUGAAUGGUUGCCGCAGGGACACACUAAUUUCGGAAGCUACCCAUCGCAUCGUAUAGAUGGGCUUAACGCCCAUCUUUUAGCAUCCGGUGCGACUCCAUGCAGGCAUGGUGUUCUUUCUCUGUUUCUUAUUUUUUCUUUUUCUCCUAUAAUCGACCGAUGACAGAGUCGACGGGAACUUACAGCUUUCUGCAGAUAGAGGGGUAAAUAGGAGGGAUUGGAAGG